UCAAAUUGGUGCUAUCGGACACGUUCUCUUUAACUCAUACACCCUCUCUCCUCUCUUUGAUGAUCAAAGGAAGUACUUUGAUCAUUCCCAACAAGAUGGGUCUUUACCUCUUCUUCCUCCAUCUAACUAUUUUGGUGGCUGUCACUGAGUUUGCUGCUCUGUGCUACCCGAUACAACUAGCAGAUGACAUCUUCGCCGUCGACUGCGGCUCCUCUGGCAACUCAACUGCUCUAGAUGGCCGGCAAUGGACCGGCGACGUUGCUUCCAGAUACAUCAUUUUGCAAGGAUCCAGAGGCAGACGCAAAUUGGUAAGCUCCUCUCCCGUUGGAAAGCACCUAAUUCCUCCUCCUCCUCAUCCUGUCCCCUACAUGACCGCUCAGAUUUCUCGGUCCACAUUCACCUACACUUUCCAUGUCACUCCGGGCCAAAAAUUCAUCCGCCUACAUUUCUACCCAACUGAAUACCCUGGCUUCAAGAGGUCCCAGGCCUUUUUUACUGUAAAAGCGGGUCCCUAUACCCUUCUUAGCAACUUCAGUGCUGCCCUCACCGCUGAUGUUUUGUCCUUACCAUCAUUUGCUAAAGAAUUUUGCGUACAGGUGGAAGAUAGUCAACCAUUAAUCCUAAUUUUCUCUCCAUCUUCAGAGGAAGCAUAUGCUUUUGUCAAUGGGAUUGAGAUUGUCUCGAUCCCAACUGGAUUAUAUCAUUCCCGUGAGGGUGAUGAUCCAGGUGUACUAGUCGUUGGCAAGAAAUUUAGAUACCCGAUCUUCUUGGAUACAAGCGUUGCACUUGAGACAGUGCAUCGGUUAAAUGUUGGCGGAAGCAAAAUUUUACCCAUAGAGGAUACUGGCAUGUUCCGAGAGUGGUUUGAGGACUCCAAUUAUUUCUUAGAAUCAAGGGCCAUGCCAGUUACUACCACAAUUGGGAUCAACUACGCAGUUAUACCCACAUACUCUGCUCCUACGAGAGUCUACCAAACGUCCCGGUCAAUGACUCGGGACAUGCAACCGAAGGAGCGUAUCAGUUUUACGUGGAAGGUACCUGUAGAUCAAGGAUUCAGGUACCUGCUUAGGUUUCAUUUCUGUGAGCUUGAGUACGAGAUUAAAGAUGUUGGCCAAAUGGAGUUCAGCAUAUUCAUUGAUAAUCAGAUUGCUGAGGCUAAUGCUGACCUUAUCAAAUGGGCUGGUGGAAAUGGCAUUGCAGUGUACAGAGACUACAUGGUGAUGAUGGAAGAAGAUCGGACAGCGGGCAAGCGCGAUAUGACAAUAACUCUAAGCCCUCACAAGAGCCACGACAACAUGGGGAACAUGGAACACAGUGGUGAUGCAAUUCUAAAGGGGCUGGAGGUGUUCAAGUUGAGCAACCCUGACAAGAACCUUGCCGGGGUGAACACGGUUCCCAUUGCACAUGCUUUGACAUCUCAUAAUUCAAAGCCUCAGAAGGUAGUGCUUGGUUAUGGCAUUUAUACCAUUGCAAAUAGUCUAAUAAUUUUGCUCAUCACAUUGAAUGUUGUAGUUUAUCCAUUGGCCUAUUUGGGGCAAGAAUCUGGACAAGAAGACAUCCUAUCAUCAUUACCUUCGGAAGGGCCAUAUCGCCGCUUCUCACUUCCUGAGCUCCAAUCAGCAACUAGAAACUUUGAUGACGGAUUGGUCAUUGGAAGUGGUGGAUUUGGUAACGUUUAUAAAGGACUCAUUAAUGGAGGAACAACCACAAUCGCCAUUAAGCGGAUGAAACCAAUGUCUAAGCAAGGCCCAAAUGAGUUUCAGAUGGAGAUUGAGACGAUUUCUAAAUUUCGACACAAGCAUCUUGUCAUCCUUCUGGGCUACUGUGAUGAAUGCAAUGAGAAGAUCCUGGUGUAUGAGCAUAUGGAGCAGGGUGCACUUGCUAAUCAUCUCUACAAAAAGAAUGCUAAAGAUAAUGGUAAUGUUUGUCAUAUGCCGUGGGAGCAAAGGCUCAAGAUUUGCAUUGGUGCUGCCCGUGGGUUGGAUUACCUCCACACUGGUAUUCAGGGUGGUGUCAUACAUAGAGACGUGAAGACCGCUAACAUUUUGUUGAACAAGGACAUGGUGGCUAAGGUUUCAGAUUUUGGAUUAUGUAAAAUGGGCGCCACAAGCCAUUCUGUUUCCCAUGUUAGCACAACUGUUAAAGGCACAUUUGGUUAUUUUGAUCCACAUUAUUUCUUGACCCGCAAACUAACCAAGAAAUCAGAUGUGUAUGCCUUUGGCGUGGUGCUCUUAGAAGUCCUUUGUGGGAGGCCAGCAGUGGAUUUAAGCCUCGAGGAGGAGCAACACAGUCUAACCCUUUGGGCUCAAGGCUGCCUCAAAGAUGGGAAACUUGAUGAAGUUAUUGAUCCCAUUUUGACGGAUCAACUACCAAUUCCAUUAAAAAGCCUUGAGGUGUUCGCAGAAGUUGCUAGGAAAUGUCUGCACAUUCAUCCAAAUAGACGCCCUACAAUGGCUGAUGUUGUGGUGAGCCUUGAGCGUGCAUUGGCAUACUUACAGGAUGAUCGGUGCAAGGAUUCGUCAACAAAGCAGGUUAACGAGGACGUUGUCCCCAGCCCAUCCACUGCAGUGCGGUAUACUGAGAACAUACCCCUAAGCAAGAAGCGGGCACAGGGAAAGCUCACCAAGGUGUUCCACAAGAUCAGUACGGCACUUUUACCCAGAACUGUGGAUUUUGGGUGGAAAAAUAGGGGACAAUUGCGCCACAAAACCACGUUUUGGCACCAUACUGGAAGCUGCUGGACUGAUAAAACAACCAUCUCUGCUGGGAAUAGACAAAGCAUGUCAACAAUUUCUGGCAGUGAGCCAUAUCCCGAUGGGCAGGUCUUAUGCAUCCCCAAUAUAAGGGCCUUCAGUUUUUCAGAGUUGAGGAAGGCUACUGGAAAUUUCACAUUGGAUGGAUUGUUAGGAGAAGGGGCUUUCGGCAAAGUCUACAAGGGUUGGAUUGCAGAGAAGACGCCAUUACAGAACGGUAGUAGUUCACUCAUUGCCGUCAAGGCGUUGGAUUCUCACGGCCCUCAAGGUUUUAAAGAAUGGCAGUGUGAGAUAAACAUCCUAAGUCGUCAGUCCCAUCCUAACAUUGUUAAGUUAUUGGGAUAUUGUUGUGAGGAUAAAAAGCUACUUCUUGUAUAUGAGUUCAUGCAGAAUGGCAGUUUGGAAAACUAUCUUUUUGGAAGGUGGCCUGGUUGUCAGCUACCUCUAUGGGAGAUAAGGCUCAAUAUUUUAAGAGGAGCAGCAAGAGGGCUGGCAUUUUUGCACUCAUUAGAACCACAAAUAAUACAUAGAGAUUUGAAGAGCUCAAAUAUAUUGUUUGAUGCUUCCUACAAUGCCAAGAUCGCGGACUUUGGUGUGGCUAGACUUGGUCCUGCAACUACUGAUGAAACACAUGUGUCAACACGGGUUGUGGGCACACCUGGCUAUGCUGCUCCAGAGUAUAUUGCCACAGGGCAACUACGUGCGGCUAGCGACGUGUAUGCUAUUGGUGUUAUAAUGGCUGAGAUGCUAACAGGCUUGCAAGCAAAUAAAGUUUUCCGUGGGGAGAUUCUGGCUGAUCGGGUCCGGCCAUAUUUCGAUGGGAGAAGAAAGUUUGAAAGUAUUUUGGACGGCCGAAUGAAAGGGAUGUAUCCUGCCAAAGUUGUAUGGAACGUCGCUCAGCUUAGUCUAAAAUGUCUUCAACGUGAACCCAAAAGAAGGCCAUCAAUGCAACAAGUGGUGGAGAUACUGGAGAGCGUUUAAGAUUCAAAAAAUCCAAGAUGAGGCCAUAUUCUACAAGGUGCCUGAACACUGGAGGGCAUUGCUUUGUUGAUUAUGGAAUUUGAUUGGUUAUAUAUGAUGAAGUCUUUUAACAGAUAGGUUACUUUGUUCUAGUUGGUGUUCGAUAUAUGCAUAGACACUCUACUGAGACUGAAUUUUUUUUUAAAAUCUCGUCGUAUUCACACACACAUACAUACGUAUGGAGGUGUAACACAUUUACUGCAAGUGCAUAUCCCCACAAAUGUUAUUGCAGGGGGUGGUUUGUA